AUGGCUCCCAGAAUCCGACGUCUAGACAGGCCGUCAGCAAACAAGUUCGAUCCAGCAGAGCAAUACCGCGCUGAGAUCGAAGAGCGCACUGCCGCCGGCGAGACUUGCGAACAGAUUGCCGCAGCGCUACGCGCCCAAGGCACUCCCAUCACUAAUAAAACAAUCUCCCGCCGUCGCGUACAAUGGGGCCUCCGCCAAAGACCGCCGCACAAGUAUGCGGGCAUGAAGCAUCCCAAAGCUCGCCCGAAAAGUGGCGCUAGAAACGCCAACGAGCAAAGCGCUCGAAAAGAGGACAUUGCCGCUCGGACGCAGCGUGGCGAGACAGCAGAGCAAAUUGCUGAUGCCUUGACUGCGCAAGGUGUCCAGUUGAAACGGGGUUCUAGCACGAUUUUGCGCCUGCAGACGUACUGGGGCUUGAUUCCGUUUGAUGAUGAUCGCGCGCGGGGAAGGCAUGCGACGAAGAAGCGCGGGGAUAGGAAGGAGGUGAGGGAGGUGCAGAAGGCCAGUCAGCGGGAGAGGGAGAAGGAAGCCAAUCGGGCGCAGAGGAGUGGGAAUCUGCACUAUCCAGCUGAUUGCUCUUUUGGGCCGAAGAAGAGGGCUAAUGGGGAGCUGGACGACGGGGAGGAGUUUGAUGAUGAGGGCGACGAUGGGGCCUUCAGCCCUGAUGCUGGCUUCGUGGGUAGUGUGGGUGAGGUGUUUGGUGAGCCGCAACCCAACGAUGUCGCUCAGCCGAUGCAGGAUAGAGUGAGCGUUGCUGCCGAGAUCAUGUCCGUGGACUUCUUGGUGGAUCUUGCCACCAGUACACUCGGUGCGGCAAACAACCUCAAGGCAAUGCUGCUGGCAUAUCAGACAAGGGUUCCGGCGGCCGGCUCUACGACAGGCUUGCCUCCCACACUGGAAGACUUGUUGACCGCGAGAAGGAAGGUCAGGGAGGCAGCGGCCGUGAUGCAUGACCUUGCCGUCGAUCCUGCUGGUGAAUAG